GAAGAGGGGGCGGUGCAUAACAAAAAGUAAUGGCCAUCUAUUUGGGUCCUGAAGAAGGAGGUAUUUCACGUCGAACUACCGUAGGUGUGAUUGAGUUUUCUCCAUGUUAGUGCGUACGUUUGCCCGUCUUUUAAAUACAUCUGCGUCUCGACUGUUUUCCCGCUGGAUGUUCGUCGGCCGCGGUCGCAGAGCGGUUAGUAAGCUGGUUGGACUUCGUGCCUCGUUUUAGGGUUAAUGCAGCCAGCUAGCCACGCUAACGCUAGCUACUACCAGCGCUGCUGUGUGUGUGUGUGUGUGUGUGUGUGUGUGUGUGUGUGUGUGCCGACGUCUAGAAGGGCGUACGAGUUUGACGUUUUCUCCCCAAGUCGCCUCACAUUUUUGAGUUUAGUACAGCGCGGUCCUCUCUCUGCUCGAAGCUAACCCACCCAGCAGGCAACAUGGAGGGGACUCACUUUGCAAGAGCAUGACUGAACACGACGACCAACGGAGAGACUAAAGAGGAUUAAACGCAACUCGGGUCUUCAUGGGGAAAAGUUGAGCCGAGGAUUAACAACUUGGGAAAAACUGAGGCAAGGUUUCAACACUUACCUAUUGUACAAGGGAAUGCUAAAACCUCAGUGAUGGAAACCACAGUUGUGAGUACGUCCACUCUGGCCCCCGAUGAGUUCGAUAGGAACGUGCCGCGGAUCUGCGGCGUGUGUGGCGACAAAGCCUCCGGAUUCCACUUCAACGCCAUGACCUGUGAGGGCUGCAAGGGGUUUUUCAGGCGCAGCAUGAAGCGCAAGGCGGCCUUCACUUGUCCCUUUAACGGCAGUUGCACCAUCACCAAGGACAACCGGCGCCACUGCCAGGCAUGCCGGCUCAAACGCUGUGUGGACAUUGGCAUGAUGAAAGAGUUCAUUCUGACAGACGAGGAAGUGCAGAGGAAGAAGGACCUGAUUCAGCGGAGGAAGGAUGAGGAAGCGAUGCGCGAAGCGGAGAAGGAGGCGCGGCGGCCCCGGCUGAGCGAUGAACAGAGCCAUGUCAUCGCCACGCUGGUGGAGGCGCACCACAAAACAUACGACGACUCCUACACUGACUUCUGCCGCUUCAGGCCCCCUGUGCGUGAGGGUCCGGUGACGCGUAGUGCCAGCAGAGCGGCCUCCCUCCACUCUCUGUCUGAUGCCUCCUCCGACUCCUUCAGUCACUCUCCAGAGUCAGUAGACACCAAAAUGAACUUCAACAACCUGUUGAUGAUGUACCACGAGCAGGGCAGCAGCCCCGACUCCAGCGAGGAGGAGGGCUCCAGUUUCUCCAUGCUGCCCCACCUGGCUGACCUGGUCUCCUACAGCAUCCAGAAGGUCAUCGGCUUUGCCAAGAUGAUCCCCGGGUUCAGGGAGCUGACUGCAGAGGACCAGAUCGCCCUGCUCAAGUCCAGCGCUAUCGAGGUGAUCAUGCUGCGCUCUAAUCAGAGCUUCAACCUGGAAGACAUGUCCUGGAGCUGUGGUGGGCCGGACUUUAAAUACCAGGUCAGCGAUGUCACCAAAGCGGGACACACUCUGGAGCUGCUGGAGCCGCUGGUGAAGUUCCAGGUGGGCCUGAAGAAGCUCAACCUGCAGGAGGAGGAACAUGUGAUGCUGAUGGCCAUCUGCCUGCUCUCUCCUGACCGCCCAGGUGUGCAGGAUCACGCUCGGAUCGAGGCCCUCCAAGACCACCUGUCCGAGACCCUGCAGGCCUACAUCCAGCUGCACCACCCAGGAGAACGGCUGCUCUACGCCAGGAUGAUCCAGAAGCUGGCGGACCUGCGCAGCCUCAACGAGGAGCACUCCAAGCAGUACCGCUCUCUCUCCUUCCAGCCGGAGCACAGCAUGCAGCUCACCCCGCUGGUGCUGGAGGUGUUCGGCAGCGAGGUCUCCUAGACCCUCUGAGCCCCCUACGGUGGAGAGGAGACAGGAGACCCUCUUAGGGUAGAAAUGGAGAGAGAGAGCGUGCUGGAGCGACUUAAUGGAGGUGUGGAGUGUGAAGCUAGUGGAAGAGAGAAAGAGAUGUGUGUGUGUUUGGGAUGUGUGGUUUCAUGUGCGUCUUGUCUAAAGAAGCCUAUCUUGGCAUGAAGAGCAAGGUUGUAUGGAGAGCAAGCAGAUGUUAGGGGAUGUAGUAAACAAAGGAGACUUCAUAUAAUACACAUUUAACUAUUCAUACAACUUCUGCCUAUAUGCAGUGUCUUUGUCUGUAUUUAAAUCAACAAACCGCUGCUUCAAAUGCCUGGACUUUGUGUGUGUGUGUACAUGGCAUGCACACAUCAACACAACAAACAUACUCAGUUAUUCAUUUUAGCCAUUCAGUUGAGCUACCUCUUUGUUUUACUUGGGUUGUUUUACGCCACCUAAGUGAAACAGUUACUUUGACACAAAGCUAGAUACAGGAUGCAUGACAUUUCAGUGCAAACGGUUUUUAAUGGUUCAGAACUUUUAUUUUUGGUUUUUCAUCUACUUCUCUGUAAGGCAGCGGAUAUAUAUAUAUAUAUGACUGUAUACAAUUCAAACGCAUGCCUUUUGCCUUUCGCCAAAGGUGUAGUCCACUUUCUGAAAAAGCUUCCAGUACCUAAAAAUAACCGUUGCUGCUUCAUGGCUCGUUUCACGCAUGCAGCCACUCGACAUGCUAGCCUCACAGCCUAUGAAGGAAACUGUCAUUCUUUAGGUUUAUACUGCAGAGUACAGAACAUAGUCUGUCAUUUAGUGAGGUUUUGAUGGGACAUUGGGGUGCCUGGUCUUGAGGUGAGAAUUAGCCACUAAAUGUUUUAGAUAUUUUACACUGCUAACUGUCAAUCAAACCCAGCCGGCAUUAUGGCUUCAGACUCUCUUUUUUGAAAUUGUUUUUUCUUUCUUCCUCUUUCUGUUUAAUUGUUUGUUUCCCUGUAAAUAGUUAAUUACUACCACACGUAUCCUAAGCACUGUUAUUCCACCUUUUACGCAAGCCUAUGUAUUGAUUAUCUAUAUUAUCACAGAUUUUAAAGGGCUAAGAUGCCAAAUCUAACUGGAAUAGUAAAUUGAGGCCAAAGCAAGGGGCCUGUCUUGUUAAUAUAUAGCUGCAUACCAUACUUGGAAUUGGCAUAUAUAUAUACUGAUGUAAUUGCAAUGGA